AUGGAUGGGGCAAUUGUUUCAUUCUCAUCGUCAAUCGUGGAUCAUGUCACGCUAAGAAGACUGCGUGGAGAUGGGGAUUCUGACGACGAGGAUGAUGAGUUGGAUUCCCUCGACAUAGAUCCAUUCGAUGCAGUAUUGGAAAGGGUGAAAGUGAAGCACAUCGGUGAAUACGUGGCAGCGAUCCGAGCGAAAACUCCACCAAGCAACAAGAAGAACAUUCCUGUCAUCGAGGCUGGGUCUCCUGAUCAACAUGACACCCAUCUUUGCUAUCGGGUGAAGUUUGCCGACGGGGUGAGUUGGCUCCUCAAAUUCCCAGCUAUCGGAGCCCCUGAUCAAUUUGAUGAAGAUGAUGCCGAGAAUAUUCGCUCGGAAGCAUUGACAAUGAUGAUGCUGCGGCGUGAGACAACCAUCCCGAUCCCCGAGGUCUUUUCAUACAACAAUACAUGCGAAAACAAGCUCAAAGUUCCCUUCAUUCUCAUGGAGUUCAUCGACGCUUUGCCGUUGAUGGAUGUUUGGCAUGACCGGGAAUCCCCAAAAGAAGUUGUACAGGCCCGGCGCACACGCUGUCUUCAGGAUAUUGCUGCUGCAUAUGUCCAGCUUGGAAAAUACACAUUCAACGAAAGUCAACUCUUGAGAUUUGACGAUCAAGAUCGCCUUAUAGGUGUUGCGCCAGUAAAAAAGGAUCCAUUCCCGGGCCUCAGAGAGUUUUACACUUCUCAUCUGGACCGGUGGGAAGAAAAGCAUGAUGAGUAUGGAAGGGCGUAUCUAAAGCUUCUUCGAAUGUUUGUCGACUGGAUUCCAAAGUCAAUUGGUGAGGAAUCAUUCGUUCUAAGCCAUCCAGGUCCAAAUAUCUUCAACUUCCUUGUUUCAGAGGACGGUUCUGUACGGGCAAUCCUCGAUUGGGACGGCGCGCAAGCCGUGCCGCCAAGUCUAGGGAAUGAGACGUAUCCAUCAUGGCUAAUGCGCGACUGGUGUCCGCCCGUAUAUAUAUGGAGCGAAGAGAUGGAACAGGGAAUCAAUGGCGAGAAUUGUGUUUGGGAAGACUCACCAGACAUGCUGGAGUUCUAUCGAAAUGUCUAUGCGCAAUGUAUCGCAAAUCUGCUGCCAGAAAGCGAGAACACCAAAUUGACCCGCAAUUCCCUUCUCUUCGAGCAUUUGCAGAUGGCAACGGCAGACUUGAUGUUUAACACAGGCAUUACCACAAAGAUCCUUGGUGAAGUUAGGAAGCAAGUCAAGAACUUGGAUGACAGCCAGUCAUUCAACCCAUCCAACAACAAUAAGAAGGACAACAAUGACAAUGAAAACCACAGUUCUGCCAAGGAGGAUGCAACAGCCGAUCACAAUUCACCGAACAGACCGAGGAUAGAUCCGAACAUGGUAGUAUCGAAGCAGACAUGGACGACGAAGAUCUUUAUAUUGAUGAGAUGUUCCUGGAGUUUGAAAGAGAUGAACCGAGUGAGCAUCAACUAA